AAAUUUUGUAAUGGGAAGCGGUAGCCUCUAGGGCCCAGAGGAUAUGCAGGGAGGCAUUUUCUCUGGCUGGUGCAGCUGAGAGCAGCGAGCGAGCGAGCGAGCGAGCGAGGGAGCGAGCGCCGAGACCUGGAAAUGAAAGUAAAGAGAUCAGGAGGCACAUGGAGGGAGCUGCAGGGGCAGCCGAUCCAGAAGCAGAAUGCUGCCUUCUGUAAUUAAAUAGCAUUUACUAUUAUUAUUACUUCUAGUAAUAAUACAUUAAUAAUAUCUCUAGUAAUACAAUACCAUUUAUCAAGAAAAGUUUAUACAUAGUGUGUGUGGGGGAAACCCGAGGAGAGCGACUAUAAUGGAGAGACAGAAGAGAAAACAAGAAAUAGAGAAAGGACUUCAGUUCAUUCAGUCCACAUUGCCCCUAAGCCAAGAAGAUUAUGAGGCCUUUUUGCAGAAGCUGGUGAGAAACCUGUUUGCAGAGGGCAAUGAUUUGUUUCGAGAGAAGGAUUUCAAGCUUUCACUAGUGCAGUAUGUAGAGGGGCUGAACGUGGCAGAUUAUGCAGCCUCCGACGAUGUGACCAUCCCAAAGGAACUCCUGUGCAAGCUGCAUGUCAACCGAGCUGCCUGCUACUUUGCCAUGGGGUUGUUUGAGAAGGCACUGGAAGACAGCGAGAAGGCUUUAAGUCUUGAUGAGGAAAACAUCCGAGCGCUCUUCCGGAAAGCCCGCUGCUUAAAUGAACUUGGAAGACACAAAGAAGCUUAUGAGUGCAAUAGCCGAUGUUUGCUCUCCCUCCCACACGAUGAAAGCGUCACGCAGCUGGGACAGGAGCUUGCCCAGAAGCUGGGACUGAGGGUUCGAAAAGCAUACAAAAGACCUCAGCAGGAAUUGGAAACGUUCUCACUACUCAGUAAUGGCACGUCAAUCAAUUCGUCGAAUCAGACCACUUCCAAUGGAUUGGGUUCGAUAGAUGACAUUGAAACAGAUUGCUCUAUGGACCUGCAGUGCCUCCCAGCUCCUGUGGCCACCUCCAUCCCUGUGAGCGAGGAGCUGGCCCCUUUGCCCUCUGACUCGGAUGCAAAGGGCUUGCCUACCUCGCUCCCUGCUGCCAGCUUGGUCCCAUCUCCUGACUGUGUGUCCCUGCCAGUGCCUGAGAGCGUGGAGGACUUCACAGAUGGGGACAUAAUUGGGGAAGAACUGGACUCCCUCCUGGACUCCCUUGCCGAAGGGUCACCAUACCCUCUAGUAAGAUCUCUGGUCCAGGGCACGAUUCCUACCAACCUGCCAACAGAGAUGCCUCAGCUGAUCCCUGUGUUUCCUGGGGGAACUCCACUGCUGCCCCCAGUUGUUACAGCCAGCAUCCCUGUCUCCACCCCGCUGCCACCUGCUUCCUUUGGUCUGGUGAUGGAUCCCACCAAGCAGCUCUCCUCCUCCUCCUCUGUCCUCGAUGCCUUUGAGGCCCCACCUGGAGGAAGUGACGGCUCCACCUUAGAUUCCCUGGAUUCCCUGGAUCUGUUUACAGACUCACGGCUUGAUGUCCUGGUCUCCUUUGGGACAAGCAGAGGGUCACUGGAUUCCUUUGGCAUUGAAGAAACUAGCCCUCAGGAACUGCGACAUCCACCUGGCAGCCAAAAACCGUCCCCCGUGGUGAGUGAGCCGCUCCCCCGUGCUGAUGUCCCAAGGUGCUCUGGAACCAAGGUAGUCAGCCUUGGUGGAGCAAGUCACCCAGCUGUACCAAAGGCCACCGAGCACCUGUUGUCCCAGCCGGAACCAGUAAUGCCCAACACAGCCCUGCUAGUGAAGAACCCCCUGGCAUCUACUCACGUCUUCAAACAAGCCUGUCAUACCUGCUAUCCCAAAACAGGGCCCAAGGCUGGUGAUUACACCUACCGGGAAGGCGUGGAGCACAAGUGCAAGCGGGACAUCCUGCUGGGCAGGCUGAAGAACUCAGAAGACAAGACCUGGAAGAGGAUCCGUCCUCGCCCAACCAAAACCAACUUUGUGGGAUCCUAUUACCUGUGCAAAGAUAUGCUUAACAAGCAGGACUGUAAGUACGGGGAUAACUGCACCUUCGCGUACCACCAGGAGGAGAUCGACGUGUGGACGGAGGAGAGGAAGGGGACCCUCAACCGUGACCUCCUCUUUGACCCGCUAGGGGGAAUCAAGCAGAGCAGCCUCACCAUUGCCAAGCUCCUCAAGGAACAUCAGGGCAUCUUCACCUUCCUCUGUGAGAUUUGCUUUGACAGCAAACCCCGGAUUAUCAGCAAAGGGACCAAGGACACACCAUCUGUCUGCUCCAACCUUUCUGCCAAACACAGUUUCCAUGACAACAAGUGUCUGGUCCACAUUGUGCGUUCCACCUCCCUGAAAUACUCCAAGAUCCGCCAGUUCCAGGAGCACUUCCAGUUCGACGUGUGCCGCCACGAGGUGCGCUACGGCUGCCUGCGCGAGGACAGCUGCCACUUCGCUCAUAGUUUCAUCGAGCUCAAGGUUUGGCUGCUGCAGCAGUAUUCAGGAAUGACCCAUGAAGAUAUUGUGCAGGAAUCGAAGAAGUACUGGCAGCAGAUGGAGGCACAUGCCAGCAAACCAGCCAACAGCAUGGCUUCUGCUCGGACUCCCACGUCAAGUACCUUUGACCUUCAGAUGAAAUUUGUGUGUGGCCAGUGCUGGAGGAAUGGGCAGUUGGUGGAGCCAGAUAAAGACCUCAAGUACUGUAGUGCCAAAGCCCGCCACUGUUGGACAAAGGAACGUCGCGUCCUUCUGGUGAUGUCCAAAGCGAAGAAGAAGUGGGUGUCUGUCCGGCCACUGCCUUCCAUCCGCAACUUCCCACAGCAGUAUGAUUUGUGUAUCCAUGCACAAAAUGGCAGGAAAUGCCAGUAUGUGGGCAACUGCUCCUUCGCUCACAGCCCUGAGGAGAGAGACAUGUGGACCUUCAUGAAGGAAAAUAAAAUUCUAGAUAUGCAGCAGACCUAUGACAUGUGGCUGAAGAAACACAAUCCUGGGAAGCCUGGAGAGGGGACACCGCUCACCUCACGAGAAGGGGAGAAACAGAUCCAGAUGCCCACUGACUAUGCUGACAUCAUGAUGGGCUACCAUUGCUGGCUCUGCGGGAAGAACAGCAACAGCAAGAAGCAAUGGCAGCAGCACAUCCAGUCGGAGAAGCACAAGGAGAAGGUCUUCACCUCAGACAGUGACUCAAGCUGCUGGAGCUACCGCUUCCCCAUGGGUGAAUUCCGGCUCUGCGAAAGGUUCCAGAAGAGCAAGGCCUGCCCUGAAGGAGAGGAGUGCCGCUUUGCCCACGGCCAGGACGAGCUGACCGAGUGGCUCGACCGGAGGGAAGUGCUGAAACAGAAACUGGCCAAAGCCCGCAAGGACAUGCUGCUCUGCCCCAGGGACGACGACUUCGGGAAAUACAACUUCCUGUUGCGGGAUGACGUGUAGUAAGGAACAGGGGGGGAGCCUGUCGGCUAGAGAAACACAGGGCGGGUUUUCCAAGAGUGGCAGUAGCAGGGAGAGCGAGAUCUGUGUCUCGCAAAGAGAACUUUGUAUUUUCUUUCAUUUUAUGAUUAUGAGAUGAUGAUUUAUUAGUGGUGAAUGAAAUCAUGAAUUUGAUUCUCCUUGGCCAGCGAACGCCAUGCUCACUGAGUUUGUGAUCUGUCUUUGCUCUCUUCUUUCCCCCUUCUUUCCUCUCCCAUCUUUUUGUUUUCUAUGAUUCAUUAUAUGUCUUUCUCAGUGUGCAACAGGUAUUCAGGGUGGGUAGUUUUGGUUCAGUUUUUUGGCUGGUGCAAAUAAGACUGAAGGCAUCUAGAAGGUGUAUUUGGAGACUGUGACACACCCUGUGUCACCGUACUCCACGCAGCAGUAUCAAGUCAGGAAGAAGGCUGUAACCAAAAGAAGCCUGUGUGUCUGUGUCACCUUGUGUUUUGAAGACAGGGAAGUAUUAGGGUUCCCUUCUUGCUCUUUAAAUGGCUUGUGUUACUAGUUAUUUAGAGCUGCAUUUUUCUGUGCACUGCCAGAAGAACUGGGUGGGGACCUAUUUAAAAGGAAACCACCAAGCAGCAUGAAUGAUGUUUCCCUGAUGGGAAUCCAGCUGAAAGGGCAUUUAGAAGCACUGGAGGUCCAGCCUUCUCUUCCUUGGAGCUGGGGCAGGGAGCUUGUGGACACAUAGUGCAGCCAGGAUGAGACACAGGGCAGGGACCGUGGUGGACGGUGAGCAGCACAGUGGGACCCAGCCAUGUGCCUGCUCCUGUCCCACCUAAUGCAUGCCAUGAUGGGGAAACAGUGAUCCUGAGUUCUGGGCCAGAAUUUUUGGCUUUUAUAGUGACAGCAGUGAGGGGCAGUACUGCUCUGUAUGCCAGCUUUGUCCUUUCUGGUUGUCUCAUCCUGUAAGCAGUAAACAUGCUUACAUGAUGAGAUCUACAGAUCUGCAGUGCUGUGGGGAAAAAGAGUGACCAAUGCAGUAUCAGACUUGGCAGUUACUGAGUUGUCAGGUGCUGUAUUUCCUCUUCUGUCCUUCACUGUAGCUGCCUGGAUUGCACCUUCUCCUGGUGCUCCUUGUGCUCAGCUGGUCAACUUUAUAAGCAGAGAGAGACAAGGGAGGAAGUAGGCAUCAGCUCCUGAGUUUUGCACUGCUUGGGCAGAAACACCAAGGAAGCCAAUCCGGAUUGGGCACGUUGGAAUGCAUUUUUAUUUUUAAAACAAAUCUGCAUCUCUACUGUGACUCUAGCAUUUGCUGUGCCAUGAAUUCUCAUAUAACUUGCUUAGGUUACAAAGUGGAUUGUUGUCCCCUCUCCCCGUCUCUGUGGGGAGAGGGCGAGCGUGCGUGAGGUGAGGGAGGCCCAGAGUCAUGUGGGUUGCAUCAAGUAUCUCUUUUUGUUUUCCCUGAUAUGAUAACCUGGUCUGUGGUGUUGCAGUACUUUGUCACCAGACUUGUUUUAGUGUGUAUAUAUGUAACCCCUCCCAUGAAGCAUAUAUACACAGGUAUUAAAUAUAUCGCUCUAUAUAAUAUUAUAUGUGUGUGGUAUCGAAAGAAUCCUUUAAAUGAGGGUAAAGGAAAAGGACUCAGGCCAGGAAACGCAGCAUCUCCAGUUUAAAUGUGAAGACUUUUAUUUGGGUUAGGGAAAGGGAAAUAACAAAGAAGGGAGGGUUUAAUAUAGAUAGGUAUGAAUUUUGAGAUGGGACAGGUUUCCAUGUUCACAUUUUUGAAACCUCCUGGGAUGUCCUCGCAGUCCCAUCUCAAGUGAAAGAGUAUUAUACUGCUAACUAGCCAGUAAAGUUUUAAUGAUAAGGCUUUGCUUAUAUUAUUUAAAGGGACAUUGUGAAAGGCAGGAAGCUUCUCACUUGACUUCCCAGGCUCACUUUAUCAAGCCAAGAGGGUUUUCUUCAGCAGGUUACAUACUCUCAGCACUCGCAGCUCUACAACAGAUAAGCCACAAGUUGUAGGGCUGCUUUAGUGGUGUGUUCACAAGAUCCUGUGAUAACUCAUGCUUUUCUUCAUUGAUGUGAGGGGAAAAGAAUAUUUUGCAGCACAGAACCAAAUCUGAAGGUUAUUAACAAAAGAAGUGAUGUUUUAAUUUUAUAACAUUAGAAGAAAAUCUCAUAUCCUGUAAAAUAACCAUGCACACACAGAGUAGAGACUGAUUCAGAUCAGCUUGUUAAAUGCUGAAGGACUUAGUGAAAAUCUUUUUCCAAAUCCUCAGGUAGGGGCAGGGAUUUAAGUGAUGCUGGUGUGGGAGUUAACUUGGCCUUUACACAGGGAAGUAAAAAACCAAAAAAUACCCUACUUAGUUUGUAUGAAACUGUAUGUCAAAAAUGGAUGGGUUUUAGCAAGUGAAAAGUAAAGACAGCAAGGGGAUGCUGCAGUUCUGAGCUGGGUAGUAAUGAUUUUGAGUCCUUUAAUAUGUCUUUGUAUUAAUAUAAUUUAAGAAUACCACGCUUUACUAUUAAAAAAUAACUUAGUAUCUUUCAUAAGGUUUAGUAUCAGGAUAAUAAUGUAGAUGUUUUAACAACAUUUUUUUGUUCUUAAAUAAAAAAAAACAACAAACCAAACUUGCUUCUUUUAGCCUUUGUAAUAGAAAAUAAAAGUGUGCACUUUAAACCCUC